AUGGUAUCAAGCCAUGAAACCUACAUUCGUUGCUCCUGGACCUUCCGGUUUAUCUGCCUUGCGCUACCGUUAAUCAUACACCUGCGAGCCAGCAGUGCGCUCGAUUAUGUGCACGGUAAGCCGAGUUCCGUUGCCAUGGAGCCAGAUAUUGCUUCCGCCAUAUUCAUCGUCAGUACAAGUCUGGCGCUUAGCCGCAUCCUAGCGAGCAUUAUUCCAUUCUACGCGGACGAACAGCAGACGAUGACGUUAAAGGUGGAAACCAUGCUGAUUUGUCUAACCAUGAUUCUUGCGAAUAUUGUGUUCUGUGAUUUGGCGUUGCGUUUAAUAUGGAUUCCAAUACAGUACGUGUUGUGGUGGGUGUGCAAGCACAAAAUAUUGACGCUUUUAGUGAAGGCAUUUUUAUUCGUCCUCAAAGAUUUCGCACCAUUUCGGCCGUACUAUUUGAAGACUUUGGCGGUAUCCGGUUCUAAAAGGGGCUUUCAUUUUUUACGGCUAAUGACGGUUUUGCAAAUUCUAUACUCAGUUCUUUUACGGCUGGAGCGAUAUCCAAAAUCCAUUGAAACAGUCAUCGAAAGGAAUUCUCCAACGCCAGCGUGUGAUGUGCCGGAAGGAAGAGACGUAGCCAAUGUGCAGGAGAAAGACCUUAUAACAAAUCCAUCGUCAUAA